AUGACCAUCCGGGAUCUACUGUCGUGUGCACUGUCAGCUGAAGCACUGGGCUUAUUAUUUCAAUGCACUGAAUUAUUAUCGUUAUGCGCUCCGAUUACAUCACAAGACGAUGAAGAAGUAUCACUGACACAGAAUACACCGGAUAAAUUAAAGCACACGGAAAGUAGUGAUAUCAAGUUUACACAGAAUGUUGCUCGUCAAUGUGGUCAUGCUCUACAAUCGCUUCUGGAACGACCUGAAACUCCAGGUUUAUUAGCUUUAUGCUUGACAACAUCUAGUCCAUUUUGUCAAAGUGAUGGUAUCAUGGGAAUGGGAUUACAAACACGUGAUGAUGUCUUUCGACUAUUGAAUGUUGCUCGUCAUGUUGAAAAAUUUGAUAAUGACCGGUUUGUUUUCCUUUUCGACCAGUUAAUAAAUCCCUUUGGUGUCAGUGGAAGUAAAGUGCUCAAAUACUUGUCAAAUGAAGAAUUACGCACCAAUACACCAAAGUCGCCUUUCUUAUACAAAUGGUUUCGUUCCCUUGUCACUGGUGGCACCGAUAGUCUGAGACAUGUUCAUCGAUCCAGUGACACAAUGCUUAGUAUCGCUGAAUCACCUAGUACAGAAGCACUAGAAAGUAAUGUUGACAAGUAUCUAGCGAAUUGGAAAUUAGCUGAAGGCGAUCAGACCCCAGAUGACAUUAAGCUAACUCUGUCAAUGUAUGAGUAUAAAAUUCGUGUACUCCAAUCUCGCGAGAAAAUCUUGGAGAGGAAUGCUGCAGUCAAUGCUGAAGCAUCCGCUAGUGCGCAUAAACUCUGCGAUCAUUAUCGUGAACGGUCGGAAUUGGCUGAAUACGAGGCGAGUAAACUGCGUAUGCUACAAAUGGAAUCAAUUAGUAAUAUACACAAUUAUAAACGUCAACUUGCUUAUCAAAAAGAACAAUUAGAAAAAUAUGACGGUAAAAUCGCCCAAUUAAUGGAACAGUUAGAAGCUAAACACAAGUCUUAUGAAGAAUCUGAAUUAAAAGCGGAAACUCUUCAAAACAAGCUAAAGUCAGCUCGUGAACAAAUCAGAUCGAUGGAUUUAACGAUAGACGAUUAUCGAAACCAGUUGAAUCAGGCUCAAAAUCAAAUUCAAGCUCAAACAGCACAAAUUAACAAAUUCACACAAAUCACACGACUUAUUAACGAUUUGACUGGUAAUCCAUCAGCUGAAUUGGGUACUUCUCUAAUUACAACUGCUGCAUCUGAUCGACCUACACCACCGCCGACAACGACAACAAUAACUGAUCCAAUCGCAUCUCAAUCGGUUUGUGACACUGGUCGAAUUACUUCAGUGUCAACGCGUAAAGCAGCAGCCAGUCGAAAUACCCGACACUAAUAUGAGUGCAGAAAUAUUGACGUGAAUUAUCCCCUUCCCCCCCCCAACCCCCUUGUCUUCUUUUGUAAAUAUACAGAUAUACGAAUCUUUGUUGCUUAACGAAGCUAAACUGUUCGCUAGUAUUUUUGUUAUCCCCCCUCCCGGUAUGAUUGAAUAAACCAUUAAUUAACUGCUGUUAAUCUAUUUGUGUGUAAAAUACGUAUUCAUUCACACGAACUUCAAUAUAUC